AUGUCAAAAAUUUAUAUUUAUUUAACAAUUAUAUUUGUUUUAUUACUUAUUGUACAGACUCAAUGUACUGACCAAACAGAAGAUAAAGGAGGUGUUGCUCCACCAAAUCCAUCUCCAAGUCCAACCACUCCACCAUCAGGAAGUGAUGGAAAAGGUGAUCAUAAAGGUGGAAAAGGUGAUCAUAAAGGCGGUAAAGGAGGAAAGGGUGGUAAAGGAGGAAAAGGUGGUAAAGGAGAAGAAGGUAGAAAAGGUAAAGUAGCAGAUGAAGAGCCUGCAGCAGCUUGA